AUGGGCGCCCUCCGCCGCGCCCGCGCGCUCCUGGGCGCGACGCGGAGCACGGACGAGGAGCAGCUCCGCAAGCUGUACCGGAAGCACGCGCUGAAGACGCACCCGGACAAGCCCGGCGGCGACAUCGAGGCCUUCCAGCGGGUCGCCAGCGCCUACGAGCUCUGCCGCGCCCACCUGGGGCAGAGCCUGACGGCGGCGGAGUGGGCCGCCGACGACCGGCCGACGGAGUACUACGACCCCAACGACCGCGGCCGGAAGAGCCAGCGGCCCGCGGCGCGGCGGCCCGACGACGCGAUCGACCCCUUCGAGGUCUUCAGCGACGCGUUUCGCGGGUGGGCCGAGUCCGCGGAGUUCCAGCAGUGGGCCGUCGACGCCUUCGGCGACGACUUCGACCAGCUCGACAUCACGUUCCAGUGGGGCGUCGACGACCAGUACGUGGAGGUCGCGCGGGAGCGGUCGCUGGUAGAAAACGCGGAGCGAAAAUUCCAGGACCCGCGCAACUUCUACGAGGACGCGUUCAACCAGCGCGAGGAGGCCGACGACCGGCUGCGGGGGCUCAUGGACGUCGUGCUGCGCAUGGGCGCCGACCGGAGCCCGCCGGUCCACGUCUUCCGGGACCUCGCGUCGCUCGUCCGCGGCGACGUCGUCACGGUCCUGGUCGACGCGCGGCGCGACGACGACCGCGCGGGCGACCUCGCGCCGCCGCCGCGCUGCGCCGUGGUCCGGCUCUGCGUCGACGACUGCGUCGACGGCGACGGCCGGCCGGCCCUCGCCUACGGCGUCGCCGACGUCGGCGCGGCGCCGGACUGGGCCGCGCUCCGGGCGACGCUGUCCCCGCGCGCCGCGGAGGGGCUCCGCGCCGUCGCCGCGGCGGCGAAGACCGCGGGGCGCGUCGUCGUCUUCUCCCAGUCCGGAGGUCCCGGGAACGCCGACGACGUUGUGGUGGCGAAGACGCUCCGCGAGAGCCGCGUCCUGCACCAGGACCCGACGGUGCUGGAGGGCGGCGCGAAUCUCUGGGACCACCUCCGGAACCCGCGGUCGAGCCUCAUCUACGUCGUCCGGAAGGGCGGCGCCAUCGUCCGCCGCGGCGCGUCGCUCCAGUCCGACUUCGUCGCGGAGCUCGAGGAAGGGGCCGUCGUCGCGGCGACGGCGCGCGACGCCGCGAACCCGGCGCGGAGCAAGGGCAAGGACCGCCUCCGCGUCGCGUCGCCCGCGGCGGGCUUCGUGACGGCGUCGCGCCUCGUCCUGUCGCCGGACCACGCCUACGAGGGGCCGCCGGUCCCCCCGCCGGCCGCGGAGGCGCGGCGGAAGAAGCCCAGGGACGACAAGGGCGGGCAGCGCGGCGGCCACGCGGUCCUGGACCCCGUGCUCGACGAGGACCAGAACCCGAACAGCUUCGCCGCCUUCAUGGCGGGCCGCGGCGCCGCGGAGGUCGCCGCGCCGGAUUAA